AGUUAAGUGCCGGCAGCGUCGACUGACGACAUCCCCAUCCAACUCAUCUUCCGAAGCGCGCUCAUUGUCACAUUUGUCACAUUCCAUCUUCUAUACAUCCCAACUACCCCAAUCUCUACCGACCUGAUAGAAGUUUUCAAUAAUAAUGCCUCCUGCUCCUAGCCAGAAGGGCACUGGCAAGAAAAACGCCAAUGCCAUGGGUAAGCGCAGUCGCAAUACCACACCUAUGUCCAUCGGGCCAUCCAGUGCGAAUAUACCCCCCGUCGAUAUCAUCGAGACCGAGUACCUAGACCUCAAAUUAGAGUCGGUUCGCAGCAUAAACUACGACGAUCUAGUCGACUCCAGUGCCUCUAAUGCCCUCAUCCCUGAUUCCAGGAGCCUCGACGGUCUAAUAACGCGACUGGGGAAAUUGAAUGAAAUAAUUGAACGACGUGGAGCAUCGUGUGAUAGAGGAAUGCGCCUUGUCGCUACCCAUAGAAAAGCACAUUUUGACGAAAUGGCACCUGUUAGUAGAAGGGAUGAUACGCGUAAAGACGGCGAAGAAGAGACAGAGAGAAGGGCGAACAAGAAAAAGAGAAAGGCUAAUGAUAGUCUUGCGCCUGGAGACGCGCAUACUGAAAGAUCGUCUCCCUUGCGCGACCAUAGCAAAACUCGAAAACCUUCUCGAGAUAACGAUUCAGCGAGCUCUUCCUUAUCACCUGUUGCACCCGCAACACCCGGCGCAAUGGAGGUAGACGAGAAAGCUAAGUUGGAUAACAAGGCCGAAGAGGAUUCCGAGUCUGAAGACGAAGGCGCUCCUCCCCGUCGUGAAGCUCCUCAAAUUCAGACCUUUGGUGAAGAUCCAUCUACUUACCCUGAUCCUACCGUAUACGAGAUACUCCCGACAAAACCCGGAAUGACCGUAGACGAAUUGAAGAAGCUGUAUUCCGUUGCCGUAUUCCCCAAGACUGACCUUGCCGACAUGAUUGCUGGUGAUCCGCCCGACAAGGACUUUAGUAGUGCGAAGCCCUCGAACCAGAUCAGUUUCAGCACUUUCUCAACCUACAUCGAACCCUACUUCCGCCAGUUUUCCGAAGAGGAUCUCGCCUUCCUACGAGAACGCGGUGACCGACUCACCCCCUUCGUCAUGCCCAAGCGAGGCAAGAAGCAUUACACCGAAGUAUGGGCGGAAGAAGACGGUGCGAUGGCGAUUGAUUCUACGUUGCCUGGAAGAGACAAGCUCGCUCCUAACCAGGCUCGUGGUACCAUCGACAAUAUGGAUGAUGACGUUGCAGAGACGGACAAGUUAUCAGUUGGGCCUGUGUUGUCGCGACUACUCCAGGCGAUGCGCCCCGAGGCUCGCGCCCAGCCUAGCGAAGAUAAGCCGAUGACUAACGGAAUCAACGGAGAUGCUGAGGUUAAGGAGGAGGUUAACGGUGAUUCCAACACGGGCGCGGCUGGUGAAGAGAAGAGUGCUCCGCCUGCCACCUUCAUGACAGAAUCAUCGACCGAAGCGUGGAAGAAAGCCACACACCCCAAGUUAGAUUAUUCUCAAGUGGACGAGCGUAUAAAGCUUGAACUUCGAAACAUUGGAUUCCUCCCACUGGAAGGCUUUGAUGGUGAUUAUGACGGACAUUACGACGACGAGGUUGCCGCCCGUUUGCGCCUCCUACAAGAUCGACUACGUGAGCAGAUGCUCAUCAACGGCGCGCGCAAGGCCCGACUUACAGAUCUAGUCAAGGAACGCAUGGCGCAUCAGGAGUACACCACCAUCCUCGAAGACCUUGACACCCAAGUUCAAGGCGCGUACCUCAAGCGAACGCGCACGAUGGGCAAGAGCAAGAAGUCGAAGCGACCUGGAGGAGCAGGCGGAGGCAGUCACCCUACCGGAGGCGCUGGCUCGGGUAUGGCCCGUCCAGGCAUCGGCGACGUGACCAAGACGCUUAUGGAGCGCCGAAAGCGAUGGAUAGAGAACAUCGCGCCUGUCUUCAACGACCCCAACCUCGGCAAAGUCCCCCGCGCCACGAACCCUGGCAGCACCAUCUUCAAGCCGGAAAUGAUGGCCGAUCUCAUGAAGAAGGAGCGGCAGGCUUGGGACGAGGAAGUCGAGGAGGAGUAGAGAUCCCAUUCUCAAAACCCAGAGUCUCAAGCACCAGUGUCUCGAACACCAGAACUUCAAGCGCCAGAGUCUCAAGGUCCGGAGCCUUCGGAACAACCCGAUUCCGAGAACGAUGUCGCUGAGUUUUGGAAGCCGCGUUUGAGAACUCAGCGUCGACGUCAUUUCAAAGACCUUAUUGCGUGAUGGUAUGAGCUAAGAUGGCAGUGCUGUGUACUUGAUACUCGUUUAUGCAUUAGGCUACAUAGGUGGUAGUUGUUGUGGCUUGUUUACUCCUUAGGGGUCGGUGGGUGGCAGCAUCCGGUGUCUUCCUUGGGGUUUACUGUACAUAUUCGAGUCAGGAGUGAUAGCCUUAUGCUAUGCCAUGCAAUGCUAUGAAUACCGGUAGCCCUCAAUACAGAUUGAUUGCUAUUCGGAAUGUUAUUAUGAAUUGCUUUUACUACUAAUGUGACAUGUAGUAUACCAGACUCGGACCAAGUUCUCCUUUUCCCCAGAGCUGUAGAUAUAAACCAGCUGGGUAAGAUCGCAGUUUCAUAUACCUGAAACAAUAAACUUCAUACCCCCCCUCCCUGAUUCGCUACCUAUCUGUUUAAUCCCAGAUUGCUCUACAGACUGCAG